CCCCGUGGGCGACUCGGUGACGGACAUUCCGCUGCUUCCAAUCGGACGCGCCCAAUGCCGGGAGCGGCCAAUCGGGGGCUCCGGUGGGCGGGACAUCCUGGCCCGUUAGAUUUGGCGGUUCCAUUUUAAGAUGGCCGAAGCUAGCAACGCCAGUGUUGGCAGCGGCUGUGAGGAAAAAGGGCGGGAGGGGUCGUCCCCCGAACCCGUGUCCCCUGACACUACCAUUUCGAGGAUGAAGCUUCUCGACACGACAGUAGAUACUUUCCUCCAGAAGCUGGUCGCCGCUGGGAGCUACCAGAGGUUCACUGACUGUUAUAAGCGCUUCUACCAGUUGCAACCUGAGAUGACUCAGCGAAUCUAUGACAAGUUUCUAACACAGUUGCAGGCAUCCAUCAGGGAGGAAAUCUCCGAAAUCAAAGCAGAGGGAAACCUGGAAGCUGUCCUGACGGCCUUGGAUACAAUUGUGGAAGAAGGCAAAGACCGGAAGGAGCCAGCCUGGCGCCCUAGUGGGAUCCCAGAGAAAGACCUGCGCAGCACCAUGGUGCCCUACUUCCUACAGCAGCGCGAUGCCCUGCGGCGCCGGGUGCAGAGACAGGAGGCUGAGAAUAGGCAGCUAGCAGAUGCCGUCCUGGCCGGGCGCAGGCAGGUGGAAGAGCUGCAGCUGCAGGGCCAGGCUCAGUGGCAGGCUUGGCAGGCUCUACACAGAGGACAGAAGGACCUGGUGGCCAUGCUGAGGGAGCCUGAGUAAGGGGAGAUGGCUGGCCCAGGAGCAGAGGUGGUCAAGAGCCCUGUACAGCUGCAGUGUUGCCUAGUCCCUGAGCAGUGACGGACUUCGCUGGGGGCCGAGGUGUGAGCAGUCCCCACGGCCACCGUGCCUUGGGGAGCCCUCAAGUCACACACUACCUUCCGAUUCCUCCGCUUCCUUCUAACUUGAGGAUUCUUGGCCAGAUCCAUGCCGGCCGUCGCCCCCCCCCCCCCCCCCACAAGCCUGCUACUUCCUUACCCCUCCCUAGGACCUGGCUUGGAAAUCUGUUUUCAGUCUCCACUGAUUGCCCCUUUGCUGGCCAGCUGAAGGCCCAUGCCAUGUUCCCUCCACAUCCGUAAAUAAACGUCCUCCCUGCACUGUAAUCUGUGCGGUGCUUCCGCCGUCUGGGACACUUGUGGGCCAAGACCCCCUCCGGGGCUCCUGAGCUCUGACCCCUGGAGGCCUCAGCUGGACUUCACCGAGAGCCUCCAGUCUCAGGUGGGUUGGCAGGGGGGCGUCUGACCUUCACGUGCAGAGGGGCAGUGAAGCUCCUUAUCCCAGAACCGGGACCCUGGUUCCUUGAGGCCAGGACAAGCUUUCAUGGUGUCACUGACCAACCCAGUCCACUCUCCCUAGGUUUGGGUUAAUUCUGACAAAGGAACAGGUGCCGCAGGCGGGCCAGAGCACUCACCGUGGGCCUCAGCACUUGGGUCUGGUAGGAGCAGGUGGCCCUCCGAACAGCUGGACGCACAGUCCUCGUGUCUCAGGCUUCGCCCUCCCAGGGCCCACAGAGCAUCAGGAGGGGCUCAGCGAGGCAAGAUGGGAGCCUCC